AAACUAUAGAAACAAUAUAAAAAAAAAAUAAACAAUUUACAUAUUUAUAUUUUUGUGCAAUGUAGAAAAAGUCUAAAAAAAAAAGAUAAAAAAGACAAAAUUUAAAAAAAAUGGUGCAAUCAAAAAAAUCUAAACCUUUAAGGAAUUCAUCAAGUACACUUCUUUCAAUGUGCAUUAAAUGCGUUGCAAGAAACAUGAGAUUAUAUGAGAACAAUGAUUAUUUUAUCAAAUUACCAAGGCAUUUAAAAACAAAAAUUAUUCGUUUUAUUACACGUUGCUUACAAGAAAUUUAUGUUCCAAGUUUCCAAAUACUUCUAAAUGAUGCAAUAACAAAUCUAAAUCUUGUUUCGUUUGACACAGAUGAUAAUCUUUUACUUAAUAUUUCUAUGAAAAGCACCAACAUACAAUCUUUAUAUUUUAAAGGAACAUCAAAAAAUUUAUCAUACGAAGGGAUAUUACAAGUUUCGAAGUUAAGACUAUUGAAACAAUUGGAAAUAUUUAAUUGUUUUCUUGUAAAUGAUCAAUUUAUUGAAAAUUUAGCUACUUCAUGUACAUCAUUAAAUCACUUGAGUAUUCCUGGUUCACAAAUAUCAGAUGAUUGUUUCAAUUCUUUACAAAAAUUGGCUUUAAAGAAUCUUAAUGUUUCAAAUACAAAGAUUUCAGAUAAAUUUCUUUACAAUAUAUCAAAAUCAGAAUUGGUUGACCAUUUAGAAGAAUUAAAUGUAAGUAAUAAUAAAAAAGUUACUAAUUUAGGAUUGAGCAAAUUACCCUGGGAAACACUGAAGUAUGUUGCAUUUCAUGGCUGCAAUACUGAUGAAACAUUGUUUGAUGUGAUUCAACCAGCAACGAAGUUUAUGAUGUGGAGUGUUCCUUGCUAAAUAAUAUAACAAAAAAUAAAAAUAUGGCACCAGUAACAGAAGAAAUUCAAAACUAUUUUUUUUUGAUUAGCUUUUUUUCUUUUUGAUAAAAAAAAAAUCUCACUUUGAAAUUUUUUUUAAUUUGCGCAAGUGUUUUUUUUAAGUGUUUUACAAAAUUUAAAAAAUUAUGAUGUUUUAAUAAAUCGUAUUGACCUA